AGGAUGAAAAGUGAAAGCUGGAUUGUGUCCGUCCGUAAUGUUAACAUGCGCUAAUCUGAACCACAGAGAGGGAAUGUGUGGGACACGCAGUUGGUAGAAAAGAAAACGUGUAGCUGAAAGGAUGCAUGCAGUCUGGAUCCUCCUCCUAUUCACUGAGGAGGGAUUUUCUCUUGCACAGAAGAUUAAAGAUGGUGGGGCAGGAACUAAAGAAGAUAAAGCUCCUGAGCAUCCAAAGAGGGCUCGACACUGUGGGACCUGGGUUCGAAAAUCAGACGGUGGAAUCUUCAGUUCUCCAAACUACCCAAACAUGUACCCGCCAAACAAGGACUGCCUUUAUGUUCUCGAAGCCCUGCCCCGCCAGAGAAUCGAGCUCCUCUUCAGCAAGUUGUUUCACAUUGAAGCAUCUUUUGAUUGUCGUUUUGACAACAUCGAGGUGCGGGAUGGUCCCUUUAGUUUCUCACCGCUCAUCAAUCGUUUCUGUGGAACAACCAGUCCUGGUGUCAUUUAUUCCAAUGGUCGUUUCAUGUGGAUCCGGUUCUUCAGUGAUGAAGAGCUGGAGGGUAAAGGUUUCCAGGUCCAGUACAAAUUUACAGCAGACCCUGAAUUUCAUCUACAUGUGGGAGGACUUAUGAACCCUAUCCCAGAUUGUCAGUUUGAGCUUGUGGGGUUUGACGGCCUGAUCCGUUCCAGUCAAGUAGAAGAGGAUCACAAAGUGAAGCCAGACCAGGCAGUGGACUGCAUUUGGACCAUACAGGCUCCAGCAAGGAACAGAAUUUACCUGAAGUUCUUGGAAUACCAGAUGGAACACUCUAAUGAAUGUAAGAAGAACUUUGUGGCUGUUUAUGAUGGCAGUAGUGCCAUUGAGGACCUGAAGGCCAAGUUUUGUAGUACAGUUGCUAAUGAUAUCAUGCUGGACACCGGUUUCGGGGUAGUGAGGAUGUGGGCUGAUGAGACGAGCCGUCUCAGUCGUUUCCGGAUGCUGUAUACUAUUUUCACCGACCCACCCUGUAUAGGCAACGCAUUCUUUUGCCACAGCAACAUGUGCAUCAACAAUUCUCUGGUAUGCAAUGGCAUUCAAAACUGUGUCUUCCCUUGGGAUGAAAGCAACUGCCAAGGUACCCCAGACACAAAGCCCAAAGCUGCUUUUCUCCAAAUCACAAAGACUCAGGCAACAAUAUUCUGUGUGUCCACGGGGGUGGUCCUGCUGCUCUUCAUUUUCUCUAUUAUGGUGCAAGUCAAACAGCCACGUAAAAAGGUGGUGAUACGUAAGAACAAGCUGUUUCGGCGCGCUGACCUGCAGAAGGUGUUUGAUUCGCAGCACUACGAGCUCUUCAAUCGCAGAGACAAGGAUAUGUCUGGGAACCUCAGGGAGCUGUCAGAUGAACUCUUAUCCAUGCAGGCUCUCAGGAGAUUGUCGUCAGGAUCUCGGUGCAUUCAUGAACACCACUGUGGCUCCCAGGCCUCCAUCAACUCCAUCAAAGCUGGUCACAGUGGAUAUGUCUUGGGCAAAGGAUCUAUUGAGCUCCCACCUUUUAAAGGGGACAACCAAAUCACCGUACCUCCUUUUAGAGACUUUGACAGCAGUUUGCGGAAGAAGAGCUGGCCCAGCAUGAGACAAAGCCGAAUGCAGAGCCACCCGGGAAUGGGGGAUCGGAUGCUGUGGCGGCAAGACAGAGUUAUGGAACAGGAUGAGGAAGAGGAAGAGGGGAGGUAUGAUUUGUAUGUGCGAAGAGUGGGACACCAAAGAGGCAAAUGUGAAAUGGCUCAGCGAAGAACUUUGUCCAUGGACCUUUGAAAAGAACAAAGCUUGGCACAGUAAAAACUGUUUGGAGUUUGAACUGUGCUAACAUUCUUA